AUGUUGGAUCUGACUCCAGAGCAACUUCUUCUCAUAGAACAGAAACGCCAGGCAGCCUUGCAGAGGUUAGCGACACGCAAUGUAUUUGUACCCAUCGGGGAGACCUGGCGACGAGAGAUUGGUGCAGAAUUUUCCAAACCGUAUUUUACAAAGUUAGCAUCGUUCAUUGCGCAGGAGAGAGAACGUUUCACAGUGUAUCCCGCGCCAGAGCAAGCCUUCUAUUGGACCCAUAUGUGUGCCAUUGAAGAGGUGAAGGUUGUCAUCUUUGGCUAGGACCCAUACCACCACCCUGGUCAGGCCCAUGGUCUAUGCUUCAGUGUGGAAGAGCCCUGUCUGCCUCCUCCCAGCCUGGAGAAUGUCUAUGCAGAACUGGCCGCUGAUAUAGAUGACUUCCAGCAUCCUGGCCAUGGUGACCUUACUGGAUGGGCUGUCAUGUGUGUUCUGCUCCUAAAUGCCGUGCUGACGGUGCACGCACACAAGCCCAGCUCUCAUGCUGGGCAAGGCUGGGAGACCUUCACUGAUGCAGUGGUGCACUGGCUCAGCAGGAGCCUCAGAGGCCUGGUGUUCCUGCUGUGGGGUGCCUACGCUCACAGGAAAGGCUCCAUCAUAGACAGGAGAUACCAUCAUGUCCUCCAGACCUCCCAUCCAUCGCCAUACUCUGCUGAUCGUGGUUUCUUGGGAUGCAAACACUUCUCCAAGACCAACACGCUGCUCAGGAGGUCAGGGAAGACACCUCUGGACUGGAGUGCUCUCUGAAACCCUGCUUAGAAAUAAGAGUACCACCAUUUCAUAAAACUUUUAUAUUCCAAAUUGUUUUAUACUAGUGCUGUCAGUUUAACGCGUUAUUAACGGCGUUAACGCAAACCCAUUUUAACGCUGUUAAUUUUCUUAUCGCCGGAUACAUAAUUUUUUUUUAGAUUAACGUUCU